UUCAAAAUCCCAUAUAUAUAUGAAUGGUGCAAGCUGUCCUAUCACCAUCAUCAUUUCUCCAUUAGGAGAACGCGCAAGGUUCCAUCAAUGGUGGACGCCGCCUCAUCUCCGACCACCAGACGGUGGGCGUACGACGUCUUCUUAAGCUUUAGAGGCGAAGACACUCGUCGGAAAUUCACCGAUCAUCUCUACUACGCCCUUUACGGCGCCGGAAUCAACACGUUUCGGGACGACGUCGAACUCCGGCGAGGAGAGGCCAUAGGCUCAGAGCUUAUAGCAGCGAUUCGGAAAUCGAGGAUCGCCGUGGUGGUGUUCUCCGAAGGCUACGCCGAUUCACGGUGGUGCCUGGAGGAGAUCGCCCAGAUCGUGGAGUGCCGGAAGGCGGAUGGCCAACUGGUUCUCCCGAUCUUCUAUGAGGUGGAUCCAUCGGACGUUCGGAAGCAGAGAGGCAGGUUUGCGGCGGCGUUUGAGAAGCACGAAGAGAGAUUUGGUGUAGAUUCGGUCGAGGUGCGGCGGUGGAGGGCGGCGCUCACAGAGGCCGCUAGCUUGUCCGGCUGGGAUUUGAGGCAGUUCGCGAAUGGGCACGAAGGAAAAUUCAUAAAGAAAAUAGUGGAAAGGAUAGAGAGCGAAUUAAGUGUAACAUAUUUGGAAGUCGCCAUCUACCCCGUCGGCAUCCAGCUUCGCCUGCAACACUUAACUUCAUUAAUGGCGGUUUCCACCAACAACUCCACUCUCUUCCUCGGCAUCUAUGGCAUGAGCGGCAUUGGCAAAACCACUCUCUCCAAAGCACUUUUCAACCAUUUCUUCCACUCCUUCCCUUCCAGAUCCUUCCUCCCCAACAUCAACUCCAUCUCCACCUCCUCUCCCGACGGCCUCCUCCGCCUCCAACAAACUCUCCUCUCCGAUCUCCUCAACCUCCGCCGCUCCCGCUCCUCCGCCAUCCCCGACUCCGCCGUCGUCCAGAUCCAGGAAAGACUCCGCCACAAAAAGGUGCUAGUAAUCCUCGACGACGUAGAUCGAAUCGAACAAGCAAACGCACUCGCAAGAGAGCGGGAAUGGUUCGGAACCGGAAGCCGAAUCGUAAUCACAACACGAAACAAACAGAUCCUCCACACUCUGAAAGUGGACAGACUAUACAAUGCCGAUUCGAAUCCGUUAACCGAGGAGGAAUCGCUGGAGCUUUUCAGCUACCACGCAUUCCGAGAGCGAAAUCCACCGGCGGAGUUUGUGGAAUAUUCGAAAUCGAUCGUUUCGUACUGCAGAAAUCUUCCUCUGGCUCUGGAAAUUCUAGGGGGGUCAUUCUUCGGAGGGAGACCGGUGGAGGAAUGGAGAUCGGCAAUGGAGAAAUUGAAGAGGAUUCCGGCGGGGAAUUUGCAGGAGAAGCUUCGAUUAGGGUAUGAAGGGUUGGGAGAGAUGGAGAAGGAGAUAUUUCUGGAUGUGUGCUGCUAUUUUGUGGGAAUGGAAGAGGAAUUGGUAGUGAAGAUUAUGGAUGGAUGUGGAAUGUAUGGAGAAACAGGGUUGAGAGAAUUGAAAUGGAGGUGUUUGAUUGGGGUUGAGAUUAGUAGUGGGAGGUUGAAGAUGCAUGAUUUGGUUAGAGAUACAGGGAGGGAGAUUGUUAGGCAAAGUUGCUUGAAGGAACCUGGAAGACGAUCCAGGAUUUGUCUUCAUCAUGAGGCUCUCAACAUCUUGGCUAAUCAUACGGGAAGUAAAAACUUGGAAGGCUUUGCAAUAGACAUGGGUGAAGGAAACAAGGAGAAAUUCAAAGUGGAAGCAUUUGGGAAAAUGAGAAAUCUAAGGUUACUCAAACUCAACUAUGUGAAUCUCAUUGGAAGCUUUGAGCAUAUAAUCAGCAAAGAAUUAAGGUGGAUUUGUUGGCAUGGAUUCCCUUUGAACUCUAUUCCAACCUGUUUUUAUCAACGAAACCUUGUUGUUAUUGACAUGAGAUAUAGCAGCUUGAUACAACCUUGGACUUGGACGGAUUCACAGAUUCUUGAGAAUCUAAAAGUUCUAAACCUAAGCCAUUCCCAAAAGCUAAAGAAAUCACCAAACUUCACAAAGCUCCCAAACCUAGAGCAGCUGAAGCUCAAGAACUGCAUAGCCUUAUCAAGUCUCCACCCCUCCAUUGGCCAACUUUGUAAGCUUCUUCUCAUCAACCUCCAAAACUGCACAAAUCUUUCCUCUUUACCAACCUCCAUCUACAACCUCCACUCCCUUCGAACUUUGACUAUCUCCGGCUGCUCCAAGAUCGACCGCCUCCACGACGACCUCGGCCGCCUCGAGUCCCUCACCACCCUUCUCGCUGACCGAACCGCCAUUUCUCACGUCCCUUUCUCCAUUGUCAAGUUGAAAAACCUCACUGACUUGUCUCUAUGUGGUUGUAACUCCACAGGAUCGAGAAGCUCAGUAUCGCUGCCAUGGCGGCUAGUAUCAUGGGCAAUGCAAAGACCAAACCAAACAUGCGCAUCCCUAAUUCUUCCAUCUUCAUUACAAGGUUUGAGCUCUCUAACAGAGUUGAGUCUAGAAAAUUGCAAUCUUGUGUCAAUUCCAAUUGAUCUUGGGAGCUUGAGUGAGCUGAAGAAGUUGAAUCUUGGGGGCAACAAAAAUUUGAGGGUUUUGGGGAAUGAAAUUUGUGGGCUGUUGAAACUGAGUGAGCUGAGUGUGGAGAAUUGUGGAAGGCUUGAGUUCAUCCAAGGAUUUCCCAAGAAAUUGAAAAGUUUCUAUGCCACCAAUUGUAAGUCUUUGGUGAGGACUCCUGAUGUUUCCAUGUUUGAAAUGGCACCCACUAUGAUUCUCACCAAUUGUUGUGCAUUGCUUGAGGUUUGUGGAUUGGACAAAUUAGAAUGCUCUACUAAUAUUCGUAUGGCUGGCUGUUCCAAUCUCUCUACUGACUUUAGGAUGAGCCUUCUCCAGAAAUGGAGUGGGGAUGGCUUAGGCAGCUUGUGUUUGGUAGGCAACCAACUCCCCAGAUGCUUACACUUCUUCACAACACACUCACCCUUAACCUUCCAAGUUCCCAACAUCAACAACAUUCUUCUUGGCAUCACAGUCUUUGCCAUUUUCACUCACUUGAUCACUGACCUAAACGACUCUCCAUCUCUCCAACUCAUCAACAAAACCACAUCCCGAACGCAUCGCUACCGAAUGCUCGGCCUCCACCGUGACUCAAUCAACAUCCAUGCCCACCACACUUGGGCUAUCCACCUCCCCUUAUCCUAUGGCUAUCGUUUUGAUCCUGGCAACGACAUGGAGCUUCACAUUCCUAAUGCAUAUGCCUAUGGAGUUCGGUUGGUUUAUUAUCAAGAUGAUCCUCAGACGAUCGAGAGUUUUGCCCCUUCGAUGGCAAUGGAAGAACAAGGUGGUGCUGGUGGCAACAAUGGUGAUGGCAAUAAUGGCGAUGAUGAUGACAGAGGCUUUUAUUGUGAUGAUUCAAGAUAUCAUGUUCUUGAUCAUCAAAUGCAAGAGAGUGGCUCUAGUACUUCUCCAUUGUCGAUUAGGUAUUUCUUGAUGAUCUCUAUUUUGGUUUUGUGUUUGUCAUGGAUUUUGAUGAUCCAUUGGUAGAAUUUGUUUGAGUCAGAGCACACCCCAUGGGAUUUGGGUUUCGAGCUAUGUAAAUAUUUUGAGGAAUUUAGUGGAAAAUGUAAAUAGAUCUAAGUAAUUAGAUUUAAGUGUUGGGGUUGAUGUCCUAAAUCUCGUAGGUCCUAUAAUUUGUAAUUAUGUUGUACCAACAUCUUAUUUAUUUAAUAAAAUAUGUGAUAUUUUAUUCGA